CAUGCUUUUGAAAGUAUCCUGCUGCGUAUUUAUUGGAAGAUAUUCUGAGGCAACUGAAUUUCAAGUGUUCUCAAAUGAAAGUGAUAAAGAAAUUUUGGAUAUAUUGCUGCUUCGCAGUGAAUAUGACAAAAGAAUUAGGCCACAAAAUCUCACAAAAAUUCAAGUGAAUGUUCUUCUACACUCUUUAUCUUCUCCUGAUGAAUCAAGCUUGAAUUAUGAAGUGGAGUUUCUCUUGUAUCGUACAUGGGAAGACCCUCGAUUGAAGUACAAGGAUAAUGACCGUCACAAGUAUCUAAAUGGCAUGAGUCAUGUUAACAAUAUAUGGUUACCAAAUACUUACAUUGUGAAGCACGGAAGCCUGAAGGAUCCUUUGGUUGAUAUGAGUUUACGAGUGUACAGUAAUGGAACAAUUGUUCAUAUUUUGAGAAGGGCAAUUGCUAUUAACUGCCAAGGAAAUCUGAAAAUAUUUCCUUUCGAUAAUCCUAAAUGUCCAUUUGCUAUCGAAAGCGUAUCGUUGGAAAGUGAUGAAAUGCAGCUGCACUGGGCCCCCGUUGGCAACCUGACUACGGCGUCAUCUUUACAAUCUUUCAAUGCAUAUCUCAUUCACUCAGAGAUUGGGGAAUGCGGAGAAAUGUUCACUUGGAGAGGCAAUUUUAGCUGCUUGCAUAUAUUACUAGUCUUCACUCGAGAUAAGAAUUUCUACUUUAGUACAGUCUUUGUGCCUGGGAUCAUACUGGUGGCAAGUUCUUUUAUCAGUUUUUGGCUUGAUAAAAAUGUUGUCCCAGCCAGAGUAAUGAUUGGUGUGACUACAAUGCUUAGUUUUUGCACUACAACGAACAAUUUUCGAUCAUCUUUGCCUGUCGUGUCGAAUCUCACUGCCAUGAAUCUGUGGGAUUUCGUUUGCAUGUUCUUCAUCUACAGUUCCCUUUUAGAAUUUGUAUUUGUAAACUAUCUCUACAGAAAGCCUCCAAAAGAACCUCAAGAUGGGCCAUGCAGUAAAUGUAAGCAAGCUAGCAAGUCCCAAGUGCAUGAAGUGGUAACCGAAGCAGAAGCAUCAAAGGAGAAGGAGGAAGAAAAGACUGGUAAAUUAAGAAUGGCUUGGUUGAGAACUCCCGCCACUGAAAGAAUAAUAAAGAUGCCUUCUAAAGAACUCUCUAUUAAAAUAGAGGACACUGCAAAAAUUGUAUUCCCAACCCUUUUUACAGUUUUUGUAUUAAUAUUUUUUAUUGUAUUUGCUGGUAUAUUGCCUCAGAACAAAGAUAAUUGGGUUAUUCAAGGUGGAACUACUACUGUUAUUUAAUUGUUUUGUAAACUGUUAUGAAAUUUUAUAUUCGAAUUUAUAUCCAUGGAUAAGAAAAAAUAGUACAAGUCUGCUCUUACAAAGUCACAUUAGGGAAUUUAUUAGUACUGUUUUAAGAUUUUCCGUUAUUUCAAAAGAAUUUCGAACUUUUUAAGGCCGUAACUAUUUAACAUAAGCUUUUUUGGUCAAGCUUAAAUACGCAAUACUAAACUGAACAUAACUUUCUUGGAUUUCGCUUAAUGCGUAUAAUUACAAAUGCAUUCUUAUUAACAGAAAAUAUUAGAUUAAUAUUAAAUUUUUCCUAUAAACCUCUAAACUUCGAUUAAUAUAAUCUAUCUAUCUAUCUAUAUAUAUACACAACUCACUGAGUAGUCCUUCCUAUAAAUACAGCGCACAAAAAGAAAAUUUCUUAAAUAUUUUAAAGCUGUCAUUGAAUUAGAAACAGCAUUUGGCAUAAGUUAAGGAUAAUAAUAAUAACAAUUAUUUCCUGCAAUAAUAAAUAUUGGAAUGCGAUUAAUACUUUACA